UGCUGAAACUGAAUACAUUAAAAGUGGUGAAAAGUAUAAAACUACAACGUGUACUGUGUCUGUCCAUGAGGACAAAGAAUUUACUCAAUGUGAUUAAUGUUACUGAGUGUGAAAAAAAAAAUGAUUUAAACUAUUUUUGCAUCUUCCGAAAUUGAUGAAAGACAGAAUCCUAUUCAGAAAUACACUGAUUCAAACUAAUUCAAAAUAUGAAUGGUACAUUAGCAAUCCUAACAAAGCAACACUGAUGGAUUGUAAUAGUGUGGCUGUGAUCAGGUCGCUCUGUCCCACAGGUUUGACCCCAGGAAAGGUUCCUGUUGUUUUUUAAGCUCAGCAUCAUGAAUCCCCGCAGCUGUUCAUGUUCAAGCCCUCAUUCACUCUCUCCUUCUGCCACUCUCACCCUCUGACCUGUUAAAAGACUCCACAUCCAUUACAGACCUGAUGAACACAGACAGAAAGCACUAUAGUCUAUAUGACACAUGCUUCAUUUAGUCUCGGACGGCUUGUGUCUUCUCAACACAAUGCGAUGUUCUCUUCUUGUUGAAGAAAAUAGUGUGCUGCUGGUGUGUGUGAGAUUACCAUGAAGACACAGACAAGGGUGGGACAGAUGAUGGAGAGUGGGGUGUGUCAUGUGACAUGACUAAACUGCUCCGACAAGUAGGUCGCUGUGUUAUCCGUCUGUUGCUGUUACUGAUAGUAGUGUAAGUGAAGUCUCUGCAUGACAGACUGAGAAGUGGUGAUGCUGGAAACAGAAGACGGAGACCAUGAGUUUUCACUCACGCUUGCUUUGUUGAAGUGUUGUUCUUCAGUUUUAGUUGGUGUAUCUCAGUGUUCGGUUUGAUGAUGGAGCCCCAACGGCAGAUAUACAAAAGAUUGGACGUCCCGGAUCAUGUGCAUUACAUCAUCGCCUUCCUCGUCCUCAUCAUCGGCACUUUGGGAGUCACGGGUAACGCUUUGGUCAUGUUCGCCUUUUACAGUAAUAAAAAGUUGCGGAGCCUGCCAAAUUAUUUCAUAGUGAACCUGGCAGUGAGUGAUUUCCUCAUGGCCAUCACACAAUCCCCAGUGUUCUUCAUCAACUGCCUGUGUAAGGAGUGGAUGUUUGGAGAACUUGGAUGUAAAAUAUAUGCAUUCUGUGGCGCACUGUUUGGCAUCACCUCGAUGAUAACCCUGUUGGCCAUCUCUAUCGAUCGCUACCUGGUCAUUACCAAACCACUGCAGGCCAUCCAGUGGAACUCCAAACGCAGAACCUCUCUGGCCAUCCUGUGCAUCUGGCUCUACUCUCUGGCCUGGAGUCUGGCUCCUCUGAUUGGCUGGAGUUCCUACAUCCCUGAAGGUCUGAUGACAUCAUGCACGUGGGAUUACGUCUCGCCAUCUCCCGCCAACAGGAGUUACACCAUGAUGCUGUGCUGUUUUGUCUUCUUCAUCCCCCUGGCCAUCAUUCUCUUCUGUUACCUGUACAUGUUCUUCGCCGUACGACAGGCCUGCAGAGAUCUAAAAAGGCUGAGCUCUAGGAAGUCCACCUUUGUGAAGCAGCAUUCCCUGAGGAGCGAAUGGAAACUGGCUAAAAUAGCGGCUGUGGUCAUAGUGGUAUUCGUUUUGUCCUGGGCUCCCUACGCGUGCAUCACCCUCAUCGCCUGGGCGGGGCAUGCAAGCAUCCUGACGCCCUACUCUAAAACACUGCCGGCGGUCAUCGCCAAGUCAUCCGCCAUCUACAACCCUUUCAUAUAUGCCAUCGUUCACACCAAAUACAGAGCCACAUUGGCUGAGAAGGUUCCUGGUUUGUCGUGUCUGUCUCGCUCUCAGAAGGACUGUCUCACCUCCUCCACCGCUAGCGAAGCCUCCAGUGUCAGCAGACAGUCAUCUGUCUCCAGGAGCAAACUCCACACGACCACCGCCAAAGACUCCUGCACUAUGGUAAUGGGAAAAGUGAAGCUGGACCUGAUGGAGAACAGGUCGAACGCGUCAUUCAGAAGCUUUUCUAGAAACCGGAUCCUCAAGUGCUCCUCACUGCUGAUAGAGAAGCCUCCGGUUCAGAUGAGAGGGUCGCUCAGUCUAUGCGAGCGCGAUCUCGUCUCCGGUUCCUUCGCCAUGGCAAGCGCACCGAUGGAUAUUUGCACUAAAAAGAGCAGGAGUGCUGAAAUAACCUCUGACCUUCAGUGUAACCCUAAGAACGACUCUGUGACCCACAGCUCCUCGGACACGCCCACAGUCAUCAUUAGUCCAGCCUCAGAGAGCAACAUGAGAAAAGAUACCGUUGGAGAAGAAAAGUCUGGAUCUCAGGACUCAAGGAGCUUAAUGUUCGGCCUCACAAACAUAAACUGUCCGGCAGAGUUAAUGGAGAAUAUGGAGAGAUUUCUCACAUGAACCGACCAGCACUGAUGUAACAUAUGUACUCCAUGAAGACAGAAGCAGAUUAAUAACGUUAAAGCAGCACUAUUUAACUUUUCAACCGUUAUAAUAUUUUUCCAAAACCCUUGAGAUGGUACAUCGACUUACAAUAGGUUGAAUGACAGAUCUACCAUAGCCU